AUGAUUCUAUUGAAUGAUUCACCUGGGACCAGUGGGACGCCUGAGUGGCUACAGCAGCAGAUUCUACAGGAGGAUUUCCGUAGGCGCCACGCGGGAGGCGGUGCUGCCAACAAGACUGCUGAGGGGUAUGGAGCUGCAGGAGGCAGCAGAGGAAGAGGGGGUGGGAGAGGCCGAGGCCGUGGGAGAGGCUUUGGCAGAGGGAGAGGCCGAGGUGACUACAAUGAAGGGCAUGGGAGCUCUGGUGGCAGGGGGAGCACCCGAAUGGAGGGUGCAUGCUGGUACUGCAAGAAGGCUGGACACCCAUGGUUCAAGUGUUUCAGCCGGCCUGAAGGAUGGGCGCCCCCAGGCAUGAAGCCGCCAAGUGGUGAACGCGCACAAGGUGGCGCUGUGCAAGGUUCAGGUGCACAAGGUGAUGGUGGACACGGUAAAGCCUCCCCAGGGAUCUUUCCUAUGGUUGAAGAUGUGAAUGGGAGUGAGGGUGAUGUGGGUUCAGUUGGGAAGGUUGUGAUGCACCCCCUCACUCACUGGGUGAUAGAUUCAGGUUGCACAAGUCACAUGACCCCACGGGCAGAUUUGCUUGAUGAGGUAAAGCCCCCAGAGAAGAUCAAGUUUGUGGCUGCCGCUUCAGGUGCUUUGCUCCCUGUGAUUGGUGUUGGGAAUGCCAAGGUUAUGGGAGCCAAUGGGGAGCUUGUGGGGCUUGGGAACGUGUUGUUGCUUGAAGGUUUGUCUGCUAAUCUUCUUUCUGUGCGCCGGCUGCAGAAGAGCAAGGCCAAAGUGACAUUUGGCCCAACCAGCUGCCAUGCGAAGCUUGGGAAGCUGUUGUUGUGGGAUCUGGAGGAGAAGAGCAGUUGCAUCAAGGACCUGUGGCAGCUGCCCAUCAUUCCUUGGAACGGGAAACCUCCAUCAACGGCAGCGGCAGCAGCAACGGCAAAGGCAACUGCAGGAGGAGAGCAGACUGCACCAACCGAUGGGGCCCUGGAUGCAGUCAAGAAGGUGCAACAGCCUCAGCAGGCACAUGGUGAGGUGCUUGCAGGUGCGGAUGCGACAGCUGCAUGGGCAAAGGCUUCAUCUGGGAGUGGUGAGGCCGAUUGGGAGACGUGGCACGAGAGGCUGUGUCACAUCAACAUCCCUAUGCUGCAGAACCGCUACUUCUUGACCAUUGUGGACGACCACACGCGUGCGGUGUGGGUGUACCCUCUCAAGACUAAGGGGGAGGUUGCAACGGCUGUUCUUAAGGAGUGGAUGCCGAGAGCUCAAAGGGAGAGCGGACACAAGGUGAAGGUGAUCCGCACCGACAAUGGGGGAGAGUUCAUUGGCGCUGAUUUUGAGGCGGUGCUGAAGAAGAAAGGGAUCCAGCAUCAGCUCACAGUGCCCUACAACCCUCAGCAGAACGGCGUGGCUGAGCGGUUCAACUAG